AUGAAAUGUGCUUAUCAAUCUAAUAUAAAAAAUAAUAGAAAGAUGAAUAAUACUUAUAAAUCAUCUCUUAAUAAAUAUUCUAAAUUGAUUAGAACUGAAUACAUUAUUAGGAAGAGAAUAAUAUUAUUUUAUGUUUUUGUUAAUGUGUUAUUUUUUGUUUGUUUUAUUUUUAUAUUUACAAUAUCAAACCAUGGUCAGUUUCAUGAGACAUUUAAAUAUAAACCUAAUAUAAAAAGUAUAUAUCUUAAAAGACUUAAUAGAUCCUUGCAUGAACACCAAAUAAGUAAUAAUUCAAAAUGUUUUAAUAAUAUUUAUGUAAAUGAUCAAAAUAUACUAAUUGAUAAUUAUAAUAAUGAUAUAGACUAUUUUAAUUAUUAUGUAAAAAAUGAUAUUUUAAAUAACUCUGAACAGAUAAAUAUAAACAAUGAAACAAACAAAAAAUAACACAUUAACAAAAACAUAAAAUAAUAUUAUUCUCUUCCUAAUAAUGUAUUCA